AUGUUGUCCUGUCUAUUGACAGUUGCUACGGCUGGUUUCUACUUCAACAACGUACAGGCUCUAGAUGUUAAGAUUGUACUUGACGGUGUGGAACGAAAUGUGUCUCUCGAGGGUGACCUGUGCAGCAUCAUUGCCGCCGUUGAUUCCGCCAUUGCCAAAAGUGCUCUACCAUUCAGCGCUAUUGAAGUUGUACCAGAGCACUGGAACAUCUACAUCAAGGGUACAUCCAUACCUGUGAGCGAAUGUGAGCAGCACGAAUCGGUCCUUGAGUCGCUAAAUUUGGAAGAUGGUGAACAUGUCUACGUGUUCCGAAAUGAGAACGCAUACCACGACCCCUACUUUGCUGCGGAAUACGUUAAGACCUUUGCCAAGAGUUUCGGAGAGCGCAUCAGGCCUUUGACAAAGACUCAAGAAGGUUCUAAAAAAGCACACAAGUAUCAUAGCAAAUCCAAGAAACGCAAAUCACGCUCAUCUGGAUCUGAAGAGAUAUCUGCUUUAGUGGGAUUAUUGGCGAAAUCAUUCUUAACCGGGAAUCUGGGACAGGCAUUUGGAAUGGACAAACAUGCCAACAGUGCCGAACACGAUGCCAAUGCCUCAACAGGGGGUGACCACGAGCCAAAGAAUUUCAAUGUCCUUACAGUAAGUGAAGUUAGUUGA